AUUAACAUGCUAAAUUAAACUGUGAUGUAUAGUACAAAGGGACAGUAUUUUUUCUACCACAAGAGGGCAUACCUGAGAGUGGGAUUGUGGCUGCACUUUCACAUCAUGUUCACAGAAUUCCCAGAAUGUUCUAGUAUCCUGAAUAAUCAAUAUUGGUUUAUUAAAAGGCCAAAUGUUUUUAUGGAGCUUUAUCACUUCUCCUUAUCACUAAUUCUCAUGACUACAAUGCUUGAAAGCACUGCUAUGUAACCACUUACAAUGUACCAUGCCAUGAACUGAAUAGAACAGAACACUUACAGAAUACACUGUUUUAUCUUUUGCUAGUUGUUAUCUGCUGUGUUUGCACACUUUUAUAUACUUAUCUUUUUGCCAAUUUCUUUGUCUCUGAAUACUCUGUUUGAAAUAAAUAAGUCCAUGAAUACAAUAUGAUGUAGAUCAUGAGAAAUGUAAUAAUAACUGUAAUAAUUUGAAUUAUGUAAUAUAUGCCGUAUUUAUCUGUAAUACAGGAUUAGGAUGGACUAAACAUAUUGUGCCUUAUGUACUAAUUAGGUAAGUAUAUAAGGUCAGUUAACCACUAUCCAAUCAGUUACAUUUUCUUGUCUGACAAGCAGCCUUAUGUUCUCUUUAAAGAAUGGAAAAUUAAACAUACUAACACACAGGUGGAUUUUAUCAGACUGUUUCAUUACCCUCUACAGCAAUUUGCUUAUCAUGCUAGCUUUACUUUUCCAAGCUUGGAGUUUAGAGUAUAAUAUGUGUGUUCCUAUGGGAACUGUAGCCAGUGUCAGCAGGCGAAGUGUGCAUGAGCUGCUGGAAGUGUGCACGUGGAGCCCGAAACUCCACCCACUGUCCAGUGCUGCAGUAUAAGUAGCCAAGAGCGUUUUAUGCAUCACAGAAAUGCCACUCUGAGACGAGACAGAAAGUCUGCUGGCCAGAAAUCUACAUCUGUCACCAGGAAGCCUCACUUCAAUGUGGCAAGCAAGAUUCUGAACAAAUCUACUGAGCUACAGCACAUGACUUCUAUGGUUUUUAAAGUUGAUCCUAUGUGGGUGGUGGAGAAGAUCCGUAUAUCAGUAGAGAAAUCCAAUCUGCUCCUUCUUUCCACGGAAUAUAGCCUUAAAAUUGGAAGUAUGUUUGGAGAAAAAGCUCCUGCUGAGAAAGCCAAGAAAACCAGCCUGUGUCCCAACAUCAUCACUCCAGACACCAUUCCCGAGUUCUGCAUCCCACCUAAAAUCUCAAGUCCACUGGAGGUCAAGGGUGUAGAGCAAGGAAAGCCAACUCCAUGCAUCACCAUUUCUUGCAGUCAAAGUUACAGCCCAAAGAAAGAGAUUUCCUUCCGAGAAACGAUCAAUAGUCACAUAAUCCAGGUCGAGAGCGUGGAUGAUGGACCAUACAACAAAUGCUGUAGCGAUGAGGACAACACCAAUGCGGACCCCCAGAGCCAGGCUGCUCUCUCUCUGCCCCACCUGGCCAAAGCCCAGACAUGCUAUGGCUUCUGCACACUGCUUGAGAGCCCCCACACCAGAAGGAAGGAAUCUCUGUUUCACAAUGAUCCCAAUUCCUGUGGGAUGCCAUUGCUUCUACCCAGGAGCGGGUCUAAUGCCUGCACCAGAUCUUCUUCAGCUCCUGUUUUCCCAGUCUCUACAUCACCUUCCUCCUUCAGUCUGAACAACUUUACCUCCAGACUGUCACGGAGGGGUUUUGGUCUGCACAGGCAGGGUACACAAGACAGUGACACCACCUCAUCAGCCGAAUCUUCUCCAUUCAGCUCUCCUCUCCUGGCAAGAUCACCACCCAAACACUCCCUCUUCAAAACACUCAGCCACGAGAAGCUACUCUACCGCAAUAUCCGGAAGACUGCUGUUUCCAGGAACAACUCCCUGUCAACGGAUGAAGCCAGCUCCACAGAUAACAGCCCUAACGUCAUGAGGAGAUCAUCUGAGGUACUCAUAGAGCCUCUUUCAUCCAGCUUUGGCCUUGCACCUCCUGCCAUCUUCCCCUUGGACUUGGUUCUGCACAGAGAACGUGUCAUGAAGGAAAGCAUGGUGCCGAUAGGAAGGGAUGGAACCCUACGCCUUUCAGCAGAGUACUGCCCUGAGAACCAGAGACUCAGGGUGCGACUCAUCAGCGCUGAGGGGCUGUACUCUCUCUCUGUGGACCCUAAGAGCAUCAACUGCAGUAUCAGUCUUUCCCUAAUGCCUGGGAAAUUCCAGAAACAGCGCAGCACUGUCAUCAGGAAGAGCCGUAAUCCAAUCUUCAAUGAGGACUUUUUCUUUGAUGGCAUAAGUGAAGAGGACCUCAGCCAUUGGUCACUGAGGUUUAAAGUAGUCAACAAAAUGUCCACCAUGAAAAGAGACUAUAUUUUGGGCAGUUGUGAUAUUGCUCUGACUUGUAUUGUCAGCUUAUAAAAAGAAAAGUGAACUUACUUUCUAUAUUUAUUUGAUUUGUUAACAUUCCUUAUUUAUAUACAGUUUUAUAAUGCUAAAGAUUUCCAUUUCUAUUAAAAUAUUGAAA